AAAGGAGCUCAGGUAUUCCCUGCUCCUCCCACCAAGUUGUCUCCUUUCUCUGCUAAAAGCCAUUGUAGCUCCCUGCUGCUUUCUUUCCCCAUUUCUCUCUCUUUAGCUUACUACUAACUCCAUGGAUCUCCUAACUGAAGACCAGAUCUCUGAAUUCCGUGAGGCCUUCUGCCUCUUCGACAAGGAUGGAGAUGGGUGCAUCACUCUGGAAGAGCUAGCCACUGUCACCCAAUCCCUGGGCCAGAGUCCAACUGAGGAAGAACUGCAGGACAUGAUUAAUGAAGUUGAUUUCAAUGGGAAUGGAACUAUUGAAUUUGGGGAGUUCUUGACUCUAAUGGCCAAAAAACUGAAGGAAACAGAUGCUGAAGAAGAAUUGAAGGAGGCAUUCAAGGUUUUUGAUAAGGAUCAGAAUGGUUACAUUUCAGCUAGUGAGCUGAGGAAUGUGAUGAUCAAUCUUGGAGAGAAAUUGACUGAUGAAGAAGUGGAUCAGAUGAUCAGAGAGGCUGAUAUGGAUGGUGAUGGUCAGGUGAACUAUGAGGAGUUCGUCCGAAUGAUGAUGGCCGUCUGAUUUGAUGGAUGAGUUCAAUCUCAAGAAGUUUGUUUUGAUAGAUCUCAUUUUCAAAAUUGUUUUUUUAACCAUGAAGAUUCCUUCAAGCUUUUGUUUUGCUGUUCUUAUUAUGUGGAUAUAGCUGUAUUUGGUUGAUGUCUUUAACUUGUGCAUUAAUUACAAAUUAA